CCUCCCGUCCGGGUCCUCCCCGCAGCUCCCGCGUGCACUGAAGAUGGCGCUCGUAGCGGGAAGGUUGCUCCGGGCUACGGUUGCCCGACACGUGAGCACCAUUCCUUGGGGCAUCUCUGCCUCUGCAGCCGUUAGGCCUGCUGCUUCUCGGAGAACAUGCUUGACAAAUGUAUUGUGGUGUGCUUCCAGUCAAGCAAAAUUUGCCUUUAGUACCAGUUCGUCAUAUCAUACUCCUGCCGUCACCCAGCAUGCACCCAAUUUUAAGGGUACAGCCGUUGUCAAUGGAGAGUUCAAAGAACUAAGCCUUGAUGACUUUAAGGGGAAAUAUUUGGUGCUCUUCUUCUAUCCUCUGGAUUUCACCUUUGUGUGUCCUACAGAAAUUAUUGCUUUUAGUGACAAAGCCAAUGAGUUUCAUGAUGUGAACUGUGAAGUUGUCGCAGUUUCCGUGGAUUCCCACUUCAGCCACCUCGCCUGGAUCAACACACCAAGGAAGAGUGGCGGUUUGGGCCAUAUGAACAUUGCACUGUUGUCAGAUUUGACUAAACAGAUCUCCAGAGACUACGGUGUACUGCUAGAAGGUCCUGGUAUUGCACUAAGAGGUCUCUUCAUAAUUGACCCCAAUGGAGUCGUCAAGCAUAUGAGUGUCAACGAUCUCCCAGUGGGCCGAAGCGUGGAAGAGACCCUCCGCCUGGUGAAGGCAUUCCAGUUUGUGGAAGUCCAUGGAGAAGUCUGCCCAGCAAACUGGACCCCAGAUUCUCCUACGAUCAAGCCACAUCCGACUGCUUCCAAAGAAUAUUUUGAGAAGGUAAAUCAGUAGAUCAAUCCCAUGUGCACCUGCAGCGUCUCCAAAGAACCACAGCUGGAGCUCGCUUUUAGCAUUUCAAAGAUGAUUAUGUAUAGAGGGCAAAAAAUGAUUUAUGCUUGCUUUCAUAAAUAUUACUUUAAAUGUUUUGUUUUUGUAACAUUGGCUAAGGCUUUUUAAACAUGGUAGUUACUAACAUGAGUUCUUUAUUGGUAACUUCUUGCUGGCUAGCUAGUUUAUAGACUGCCUAGUUCACGUGUUUCUUAGGUCAUGUCUUCAAUGGGAAACACUCUUCUUAGCCUUACCCGAACCUUUGUGUACACCAGUGUAGUAGAAGUGGCGAAAGCCUCUGAUCAAGAGUCCUGAAAUUUUCUUCUUGAAUUUCUUUGUAUUAAACUGAUUUUUUUUUUUUAAAGUAACAAAGAUCAUAGUUUUUAAGUUUUUAGCAUCAGCAGUCUAAUUUAACUCUUGGAGUGGAGAUGUAUGUGAUUGAAACAAAUGUGAAUCAUGUUUUUAAAAAGACACGGUGGCAAAGUGACUUAACCGAUCAUGCAUGUUCGUCAUCCCUGGGAUUUGUCGUUUCUAUAGUUAUUUUACUUAUUUUAUUUGUUAGCUGACUUAGUGUCUGCAUACAUGUCUAAAUAUUGAUUGAAGGUAAUUAUAGAGGAUAUUUAUUGAAUCCAGGGAUUGCAUUUUGAAAUCAUUGUAAUUAUAUUUCCUGAAGUGAUCAAUGUAAAGUAUGUAAUAAAAAAAAUAAACAUAUUUUAAAAUA